AUUGUAAGUUUGUUUUUGAUUAAGACUAAAUUCAACGACAACGGGCAUUUAAGUUUUGUAUACUACUUGUUAAAUUACGUUUGUUGACGAUCUUAUUGAAAUUGGUAGCAUUAGUUUUACAUAUCCGUUAUGACUGGAUCUUUAAAUCCUUAUGUUGAAAAAGAGCUUAGGCGUUUAAAGCAUACUGUUUUCAGCAACUCUGAACGAGAAGUAAUAAAAAUUGAAGAUGACUUUUGUAACAUGGAAUAUCCCAUCGAAAAAGAAGUAAAACAGGAAAAAAGUAGUUCUGUAACUAAUGGUAGCUGCAACCGUGAAAUGUCGGAUGCAGCAGUUCAAACCGAAACGUUUGAUAUGGUGAAGAACAUAAAAAAUCUUAUUAAAUUGCGCAUGAGCCAAUACGAAGCUAAAGCAAUAAAAGAAACAGUUUCGGCUAAAGAACUUGUUCCAGUUUUGAACCAACUUCAAAAAGAAAACAAGGCACUUCAAACUCAGUUGAAUAAUCUUAGAUUAAAGAUAAAUGAAAACGAUAAAUUAAAGCGACCUGCAGAAGCGCCGUCCAAUUUAUACGGUAAAAAGGUAGCUACUGAACAAAUUAAUUUUAAUCAAUCACAAAAUCCUAAUGAGGUUCUACAAUCUAUACAAAACAACCGUCAACAGCAUCCCCCUGUUCAGUUGGUUGCACCAGUUAGACAAAUGCCUCCACCAAUGCACCUUCAACAAAUUAGACCUAAUGAACAAAUGAGUAAUUUUAUAAUUGUUGAAAGAGGAAAUUUUCCGAACAGUAUACCUAAUCCUAUUUUAAAAAAUAGUCAGGGAGUAAAUACCCAAGUUGUAGCUGUUAAUCAAGGACCGCGAAUGACGCCAAUAACGCCAGAUAACAGAGUACAUAGACUAAAUAGUAGCGCUCAAACAGGAGGAAACCUUGUUGCUGGAAAUAUCGAUGGAAGUCAUUUUCAACUAUUACAACCACCUUGGCAUCCACCACAGCAACAUUUAUGUGCACCUCUGAGAUACCCACCUUCUUACCUAAUUAGACAACCGCUUACAAUGCUACUACCACAUCUUAAAGCGAAUAUUUCUGCAAAUGGAAGCAGUAUUGUACUUACUUGGGAUUAUGAUUAUGAUGUAUGUGGUGACAACUAUGACAAAUACAAAGUUAAAAGCUAUAACUUAUACGCUUACCAAUCUAAGGAAACAUAUGUUUCAUUAAAACCAAACUCUGAAUGGAAAAAGAUAGGAGUUGUGGCAGCCUUAGCCCUUCCUAUGGCUUGUACUCUUUCUCAGAUAGCAAAAGGACAUGAUUAUCAUUUUGCAGUUGUUGCUGUAGAUGCACACGAUAGGGAAGGUCCAAUGAGCAAUCCAUGUUAUAUAAGAUUAAAUAUGAAUGAAUAAUGAGUUUUUGAUUUUAAAUAUCCUAAUGUUGCGUUGUUAACAUCUUUUUUCUUAUAUAUUAUUUUUAUGAAUCAUUAUAUCUUAUAAAAAAAAAUUGUGAAUAUUUAUUAA